AUGUCGGGAAAAACACAUAAUUCCCUCGUCAUAGUUGCGCCUCGCGCUCCUUAUGAGGUCCAUCAAGUUCCCACGAUCACGCCAACAGGGGAUGAGAUUAGGAUUCAUGUCAAAUGGACAGCUUCAACACCCCUUGACCUCCAUCAAGCCGAUGGCGGGUUGCUAAUUGAACCCCCCCAGAGGACCGGGUCGUCUUCGGCUGGUGUCGUCGUCGAAGUCGGUCCUGAUGUAAAGCACUUGAAAGUUGGUGACAGGGUAUUUGGCUUUGCGCACCAACAACCUAAGUGGAAGGCCCAUCAAGAGUAUGCGACGGCUCCUGAAUGGGUAUUCGGUAAGGUCCCAGAGGGUUUCUCUUUCGAACAGGCGAUUACCCUGCCUGAGAAUCUUGUCACCGCAUUCAACACCAUCGCGACUGACCUGGGGCUACCUACCCCAUGGCCGAAGCCCGCAGAUUACGUACCACCUAGGGCUAACGAACGGAUCUUGAUCUGGGGAGCUGCGUCCUCGGCUGGCCACUACAUAAUCCAAGUCCUAAAGUACUAUGGAUACAACCACAUUAUUGUGACGGCGUCGCCCCGCCACCACGAAUUCCUAAAACAAUUAGGAGCCAAGGAGUGCUUCGACUACAGGAGUCCGACAAUAGUCGAAGACUUGUUGAAGAAGUACAAGCAAGGGGAUGCACCCGCUUUCCCCAUGAUCGUCGACUGCAUCGGCUCUCAAGCUGGGUCCGUUGCGCCGAUAACUAAGAUUGUUAGUAGUGGCACGACAGUCGCGAUUAUGCUUCCUGUCAUCCUAAAGCAUGCGACAGAGGAAGAAGCACCUGAGUACACGAUGGAUGCAAGCACCAGCGCUCAAUGGGCCGAAGGUGUGAAUGUGCGCGGCGUCCGAACACACUUUUACUGGCAGAAUCAACUCUUCAAGGAGAAGUUGCAAUUGGAGAUCAUACCCCAGUUACUAGCCGAAGGUCACAUCAAGCCGAACCGCUUCCGUAUUAUCGAAGGUAGUACCUUGCUUGAAAGGGCUACGAAGGCGUUGGCUGAGCUUCGAAAGGGGGUGAGCGGAGAGAAGCUCGUGUGGAGAGUCUCGGAUGAAUGA